AUGGAUAUCAAUGAUUUGGGGUUGGUUCCUGGUGUGAGGAUCCCACCGAAAUUCAAGGAUAGCUUGGCUGGAGCUUCCUUGGAGUGGUAUGUUCAACUUGAACGCACCCAUAUCCAUUCUUGGAGAGACCUUGUAGAGGCUUUCAUUAAGCACUAUCAGUACAAUGUUGAUAUGGCACCCAACAGGACCCAGUUGCAGAGUUUGGUUCAGGGGUCUAAAGAAUCUUUCAAAGAGUACGCUCAGAAAUGGCGUGAGUUAGCCGCAAGAGUUCAGCCACCGAUGACUGAACGUGAGAUGAUAGACAUGUUCACCAGUACUUUGUCUGGACACUAUUAUUUGGCUUGCAGUGCUUCAGCUAACUUUUCUGAAAUGGUGAGAAGGAAAGAAGGAAAUGCGGAUGCCAUAUAUGGAAGAAGGGGUUCAGGGAGAAGCAAUUCACAGGUUAAUGCUGUCAUGAUCCCAGUACCACAACAACCACAACAGCAGGGACAGCGUUCCAGUAAUGAUCGCUAUCCUCCCAGGACUAGGCCUCACAGAAAGAUUGAUCCGAUUCCUAUGACAUAUGCUCAGGUGUUGCAACAUUUGCUCAAGAUUGAGAAGAUUACUUUGAGAGAUGCUCCGAAUGCUCCGGACACACAAUCUCCGAAUUACAAUGCGAAUGCACGAUGUGCUUUCCAUUCAGGGGCCGCUGGGCAUGAUACCGAGAGGUGUAUUGCGUUGAAGAAUAAGGUCCAGGACUUGUUGGAUCAAAAGAUAAUUCAGUUCACUCCUACACCCAAUAUUGUCAAUAAUCUGAUGCCUGCUCACGGAGGUUCGGGUGUGAAUGCCAUUGAGAGUGAAGAGAUAAAUGUUGUAUCUAAAGUGAGCUGUUUGACUUUUCCUCUUGUAUCUGUGAAGCAACAUCUGAUUAAUAGCGGUAUCUUCCCGGGCUGUGGGGUUGAUUGCGAGAAUUGCAAAAGUCAACCUGAAGGUUGUGCUGAUUUGAAAAGUAUGGUACAAAAGCUGAUUGAUGAGGGUCCUCUUCAGUUCUAUCGAAGGUUGAGAGGUGCGAAGAGUAAGGAUGGUGAAGUGUCUGUGAUCUCAAUUCCUUAUGAUCCAGUUGUUCCAAUAUGUAUCCAAGUUCCUAUUCAGAUACCUGUCAGUAUUCCAUAUGAGGAACAACCAGCGGCAUUGAUGAUUACUGUGCCAGGGCCUAUUCCAUAUGAGAGUGAGAAGGCCAUCCCUUGGCAUUAUGGUUCAGACGUAUAUUACUAUGGCACGAAGGAGGAAAGCGAGCCAUCUAAAGAGAAGCCUGUUGAGGCCUCAGUUGCAAACACUGAUAAUUUCACCGAUACUGGUAGGAUCACUCGCAGUGGUAGGGUGUUCUCUCCUCAGCUUGUUCAAAAUAAUGUAGAUGCUUUGGCUAAGGCCAAAGGAAAACAAGUAGUGACUGAUGUCCAGAAUUCUCCGAUUCUGAGUGGGGCACCUGAUAGUGCUGUGUCUUCCAAGGAUAUCGAGGGUGAGAUACAUGAGACGCCAUUCCAAGCGUUUGAGGCUGUGAAUGCUGUGAGAACUCCUCCUUAUGAGAUAAAGAAGCCAGAAACGGUUAUGUCCUCUUUGAAAGAUGCUCAGGUUGUCGUUGAGACUGGAAGAGUGGGUGGCUGGGGGCAGGUACUUGAUGUGCGUCCCAAAUUUGAUAAGAAUGGUCUUGGUUUCAAUCCUGGAAGGCAGAAUGCAUCGCCCAAGUCUAGUAUCCUUAGCCCGAUCAAGUUCGUGAGUGGCGGUGUCAUUCAAGAUGGUCAGGUCCAUGCCAUUGUAGAUGGUGAGGAGGUGGAUAGUGACUGUGAUUUUGAUAACUGGAUCACCAUGACCACCGCGGCUGGUGCUGUUGUUCCUAAUCCAGAAAAUAGUUAG